CGCGGGAGAGGGCUCGGGCGUCCUGCAGAGGCAGCGGUGAAGGAGAGCCCGGGAAAGAAGGGAUGCCGUCUGCCCCGAGAGGAGGCGGUGUCCGCAGAGUUGGCAAGCAUGGAUACCAGAACCGUUCCAGACGAUUUCCCUUUAGAUUCCUAGUGGAAAUAUGCCUUGAAGUUGGAUCAGGGUCUGGAGUGGUAUCUGCAUUCCUAGCCUCUAUGAUAGGUCCUCAAGCUUUGUACAUGUGCACUGAUAUCAACCCUGAAGCAGCAGCUUGCACUCUGGAGACAGCACACUGUAACAAAGUCCACAUUCAGCCAGUAAUUACAGACUUGGUCAAAGGCUUAUUACCAAGAUUGAAGGAAAAAGUUGAUCUUCUGGUGUUUAAUCCCCCCUAUGUAGUGACUCCACCUGAAGAGGUAGGAAGUCACGGAGUAGAAGCAGCUUGGGCUGGUGGCAGAAAUGGUCGGGAAGUCAUGGACCGAUUCUUCCCACUGGCUGCAGAUCUCCUGUCUCCAAGAGGAUUCUUCUAUCUAGUUACCAUCAAAGAAAACAAUCCAGAAGAAAUUUUGGAAGCAAUGACAACAAGAGGUCUACGAGGAACUGUUGCACUUUCCAGGCAAGCAGGCCAAGAACUCCUCUCAGUCCUGAAGUUCACCAAGUCCUGACUUACCGUGUGUGCUGUGUAUUAUACUGGAUAUGUAUAUAUUGAUAACAUUGAUUAUAUUGAAUAUAUAUAUGAAUAUAUAGAGAGGGAGAAGCUGAAUGUAUUUGGCAUAUUUUGAAACUAAAGUCAUUUCUUGGUUAACAAGUGAAAUUGUCAGGUUAUAUAGAAAAAGGUGAGAAGAGGGGCGCCUGGGUGGCUCAGUGGAUUAAGCUUCUGCCUUUGGCUCAGAUCAUGAUCUCAGGAUCCUGGGA